GGCACGGUGCUGAGCCACCUGACCAGUUCGGUGGGUUUUGGUUGGCAGGUUCCGCUUCACAACGGCGCGGUGGGUCACGUGACAGCAUCUGCUGCUGCUGGCUGAGCGAAGCGUGUUAGCAGAUUUUUCUAUUUUGUACAUACAUUGUUUUGUAUAUACUGUAUAUGAUGACUUCAGUGGUCAGCAAUCAAGCCCGGGGGACUCGGGACAGAACGCUGCCCACCACUACACAAACAACACAGCCACAGAAACAGAUACAGGCCACAGCAGAACAGAUUCGUUUAGCCCAAAUGAUCUAUGACAAAAAUGAUGCUGACUUUGAAGACAAGGUCAAACAGCUGAUUGAAGUAACUGGGAAGACUCAAGAUGAGUGCAUGGUAGCCCUCCAUGACUGCAAUGAAGAUGUAAACAGAGCCAUCAAUUUCCUGCUGGAGAGCACCUCUGAUGCAAACUCCUGGGAGACUGUGGGAAAGAAGCGGAGCCUUGGGAAAGAAGGACCUCCAGAGAUAAAGGAGAGCAGGGAGAAGAAAGGAGAGAGGGAGGCCAGUCGCGGGCGUGGGGGAUCCAACAGAAGGGGUAGAGGCAUCAGCCGAGGACGUGAAGGUCGGUUAGAAGAGAAUGGGUUUGAAGUGGCUCCUGGAGAAAGAGGGGGAGACCGUGGACGCAGGGGGCGGGGCAGAGGGCCAGGGGGCCGCGGUAGAGGAAGAGCAGCAGCUGGCAACAGGUUCUCCUCCCAGGGAAUGGGCACCUUCAAUCCUGCUGACUACACGGCUAACUCUGGAGCACGCCAGGAGACAUGGGAAGGGGAUGGCAACGAACAUUCGGAGGGAACUAGAGCAUGGGGAGGCAAUAUGGAAGACUGGGCUUCAGAAGACUGGACUGAGGAUUUGUCUGAGACCAAAGUAUUCACUGCCUCUUCUGCUCCAGCAAACCACAUCACACCUGGACACAAUGUGGACCUGGCUAGCCUACUGCCUAAGGCUGGAGUGACUGUCGGAGGUUCUAUGGACGCUGACUUGGGGGCGAUAGUCGAUGGUCCAUCAGCCGAGGAUUUAGGCCAAAGCCUGGUGUUUACCAAUUCCCACCACAAUGGACGCACUGCAACACACAGCUACGCACACGCCACAGCCAACAGCUACGCACACGCUGCCUCUGCUGGUACCACCUACGCACAUGCUUCACUGUCCUCAGUCUUGGGUUCUGGUUUUGGGUCCCUGAAUGCACCUAAGCCAACACCUGCCUCUGACAUCAGGACAUCGGAGCAGCUCAAUGGUCCUCGGCUUGGUCAGAGAGCCAGUCAGACGUUGGCCGCCACCAGCAACAGUAGUGUUUCCAAAGAUGCAGGGCAACAGUCAAUACAGAACCCUGCUCCUGCCUCCUCUUCCUCUGUAGAAGUCAAGGCUCACAGAGUUGAGAAUGGCCCUGUUACUGCCCAACACUUGGAGAUGAAGCUUCAGCCAGAGCCAUCGGUGGUGCUCAGCCAGCUGGCUCAGAGGCAUCAACAGUCCUCCAUCCCUCACACCACAGAGCAUGCUCCACAAGUCCCCACCCCGCCAGGCCAUGAGUCCUCUGUCCCUCUAGUAAGAGAUGGAGCUUCUCCAGGAGUGAAGUUGCCAGGCAUGGAGCCUCCCAUCACAGAACCCCCUCAGCGGCAGCUAAAGACACAGAGGCGCAGAGUACCUCCUCCCUCAAAGAUCCCGUCGUCAGCAGUGGAAAUGCCAGGCUCAGCAGAUAUAGCUGGUCUAAAUGUUCAGUUUGGAGCUCUUGACUUUGGUUCUGAGGCUGGUAGUGGAACCGUAGACAUGGCACAGACAGAAUCGGCCCAGGCCCCUGCUCCAGCACCUGCAGCAAUCAUGCCUGGCCAUACCACUGUUCCCACACAGCAGCCACAGAGCAGCCUGUUCUCCAAGCCAGGAGCUGUGAGUGAACACAUGAGCAGCUUGACCUCAGCUGUAUCGGAUCCCAGCUUCCCAUCACCAUCGUUGGGCUUACCCAGUGCCACGCCCUCCCCCUCCCUGGGUCUUCCCAGUGCUGCCGCUCCACCUUCUUCUACAGCCCCUCCUGCAGCUAGCCGUGUGGAAAGCAGUGUCCCAAGGUCCCUGCCACCUCAUCUGGGCUUUUCUCAGAGCAAAGAUGUCCCCUCAGCUGCUGCUCUGACGAAUGGGUACAGUGGCAUGAAGACACAGAGCACACAGGACGCACCAGCACCGUCAUCAUCUAGAACAGUGAAGACAGAAUCUCCCGUUAUGACAAGUGACAGUGGCCCUGGCCACCACAUCCCCUCCCCUGCAUCUUCCCACUCAACACCCAUCCCCUCGCUCAGCAGCCACGUUACCAGUACUCACUCAUCUGGAUCGGCCCUCGCCACAAGCUCCUCCCUCACUAUAAGUAAUGAGGACAGCAGCAGUAGCGGCAACCUCCAUGCCUUUUCAUCGUCAUCCAGCCAAGCUGUCAAUCCCAGUCUCUCAGUUCCCAUGGCUGUCAGCAGCUCAACCACCAAUGGUCUGCACCAAUCUGGAGCACCGGGGCUAACUCCUAAUGGCACAAACGCCACACUCUCAGCUGCAGGCAGCCGAACGGCACCCCUGCUCACCACAACCUCCGGUAAAGCUCCUCCCAACUUGGCCCAAGGAGUGCCGCCUCUCCUGGCCAACCAGUAUAUUAUGGGCCCUGGUGGCUUGCUCCCUGCUUACCCGCAGAUCUAUGGAUACGAGGACUUGCAAAUGUUGCAGUCUCGCCUUCCUAUGGACUAUUAUGGUGUAACAUUCCCUGGUACUACAGCUACAAUGCCUGGAAGAGAUGGCCUGGCCAACAAUCCAUAUUCUGGUGAGGCAACAAAGUUUGGCAGGAAUGACUCUUCGUCUCCAGCUCCCCCAACCAGCCUGUCUACAGCUGGUGUGCAGUCGCAGCAGCAGCAGGCUCCCCAGGCAGGAACACAGGGGCAGGGCCAGGGACAGAGCCAGGGUCAGCAAACACAAAAUCAGGCCUUCCUCAACCCUCCUCUGCCCCCUGGCUACGGAUACACUGGUCUGCCGUACUAUGCUGGCGUGCCGGGGGUUCCCUCAGCCUUCCAGUACGGCCCCACCGUCUUUGUGCCUCCUGCUUCUGCCAAGCAACCUACAAUGGGCCUGGCAAACCCCUCCAAUCAGUACCACCAACAGCAUCAGCCCAGUUAUGGACAGCAUGCAUAUGGCACAGCCUUUGAUGACCUGUCUCAAGCCCACGCUGGGGAGUACAGUAAGGGAGGGUACGGAGGCUCUGCCCAAUCACAGGCCAAGUCAGCGGGCAGCGGCCCAGGGAAAGCACCAGGACUGUCAGGGUCAGGAACCAGUGGAGGAGUACCCGACAUGGGAGGUUCAAUCUACAGCAAAUCUCAGUCAUUUGACAAGCAGGGCUUCCACACAGGCACACCUCCUCCCUUUAGCUUGCCUUCAGCACUGGGGGGAACGGGACCCCUGAACCCUGGGGGUGCUCCUGGCUAUGCCCCUGCUCCCUUUCUGCACAUCCUGCCACCACACCAACAGCCCCACUCCCAGCUGCUGCACCAUCACCUCACACAGGACGGACAGGGUGGUCCUGGUCAACGAAGUCAGUCUAGCAACAUGCAGCAGAAAACCCAAGGCAGCAAGUCCAGCUACGGCAGCUCCCCCUACUGGGCCAACUGAGGAAUGCUUCCCCCUCCCCCAAAAGGCUGUGUGUGUGUGCGUGUGCGCGUGUGGGUAAAGCUAAAACAAAAUACAAACCGAAAGACACACUACCCUCACAAUGAGCAACCUUGGGCCUCCUCGCCCCAAUCCCCCCACCUCCCAAGUCCUCAUAAGUCUUUUGGGUUCUCUCUCCCCCCCCUUUUCAAAAUUGGUUGUACAUGUAAGAUAUUUAUGUAUGUAUUUAUAUAUAUACUGUAUAUGUAAUAGUAGAACAUGAAAUGUGGUUGCUGCAUUUUAUUUUUGAAGGACUUUUUGUUUACUUUUUUCAAAACUGCAGGAAAAGAUGUUACAUUAAGACAGAAUAUGAUGGUGAGAGAGCGAGAGAAGAUAAAUUAUCUAAAACUUCCUGUAAGAAACCAGAAAAAGGAAAAUGAGAGCGCUAUAGCACUGAUUGCAUAUGAGGACAUUUCAGAUGGGGGUGGGGUUUAUUAUAUCUAACUGCCUGUCUCGUCUUUGUUCCCCUUUUUUUAUUUUUUUUUUUGUUACCCAUAACUUCCUGAAUGACCAGGCUCAUCCCCCAAACUUAAUUUUGUAGCUUCAUGUCUUUCCCCUCCUACCUCUCUCCCUUCCUUCUUCUGGAGGGAUGCCUACUCCUUGUGUCAACACCCUUCUCUUUGAAGACGGACGUGCCCAUCUAAAUUUUAUAUUUUAAUUUAAUUUUAACCCUGAUUUCCCUCAAAAUAAAGUUCUGAGCAGUUGGAAUUCUGA